AUGGAAUCAGAAUCUGCGAUACCAGAUUACAUUGCUGCACAUAAACAUUGUAAAAAUCAUCGAACAGAAAUUGAAAACAGCGAAUUAUGUGGAUGUUUCUACUGUCUAUCUAUUUUCCCACCAAAUGAAAUCGAUGAUUGGUGUAAUGACGGAGCAACGGCUGUUUGCAAAUGUUCGAUUGAUUCUAUAAUUGGCUCUGCUUCUGGUUAUCCAAUUACCAAAGAAUUUUUACUUCUUAUGAAAAAUAAUUGGUUUGGAAAUGCUUAG